CUACCAACAAGAUUACAAGAAAUUUACCACUGAAAGGCAAAACUAAAAAUGAUUAAGAUUAUCAGGUCAAAUUUUGAUAAUAUAUAAGUAAUCGGGCCAAAAAGUAAUUUCUUAAUAAUUGAGGGUAUGAUAACGAAUAGUGUGACGACCAGAAAGCACAACACCACUGACAGGUGGCACCUACUUAUUGGCUUUGCCUCCCAAAAGUCAGACCGAUCCAACCCACACACUGUAUUUAACACGUGUCAGAAGCUAAAGAACUCUCCUUAUGAUUAUUUAGUGUCCUAAUAAAUUUCUCAUUUCACACUAUUCGGUUUUGGUUGAGACCUUUCACUCUACUGAUAAGAGAAAUAGAGAAAACUAUGACGAUCUUUAACUGGGUGCAGAAAAAGCUGCACCAAAAUGUCAUCAAAGAAAUAGAUGGUGUGACAAAAAACGAGAAGAAGAAGAGAAAUGAAGGAAUAAGUGAGAUUGAGAAGAACACGAAAGCUAUAUUGGAUCAAGUGGGGUUAGUGGAUGCCCUUGAUAAUUGGUUCGAUGGAGUUCUCACCAUCGGCACAUUUGGUUUCGACACCUUGAACUUUAAAGAAGAAGAUGAAAAAGAAGAUGAUGAUGAAUGUGAGAGUGUGGAUCUCGACUAUGUCGUAAUUGAUGGCAGCAUCAUCAAGAACGUGGACCAAGAGUUGGAUCCUCUUAUCUCUGAAGAAAAUAAGUUUUAUGAUCAUCAUAAAGAUGUUGGGGUACGCCGUAUUGGACAGAUAAUAGAUCAAUAUGGCUCAGAAAAAAAAAAAAGAAACGCCAGAUUGUAACGAGAAGAGGAGGAAGCAGAGAUAGAGCCACAGAAGAAGAGGACAACACUUGCGGAGCUUUUCAUGGAGGACCACGAGGUCCACGACGAAGGCUAUGACACGUGGCAUGGCAAGCAACCCAAGAACCCUAACCUUGACGGUGAGGAGGUUAAAUAUUAUAAACAAAACGGUUCAAAACUAAGUAAGAAGUUCUCGUUUGUUAAGAAGAAGCUGGUCAUGUCAAAGUCCAAAGACGAAGAAAAAGACUUACGUCCAAUUAAGAAAAUGCGUCAGAUGAUUAAGAGGAUGUUGAAGAAGAAGAUCCAUCCAGAUAUAGACGUUCCAUACCAGCCAACUCGGAACUGUGAAGCUCUCGAGUCACAUUGUCUUCUUAACAUUCAAGGUUUGUAUUUCUUAAUUAGUUUAGUUUAG